AUGAACAAGUUUAUUUAGGAUAUAUAAACUUAAUUUUAUAAGAACAUAAAAAUUACGUUUAUACUUUCAAAGUACCUUGAGAAAUUUUAAUCAAAAUUAUUUCUGCAAUAUAUAAUUCAGUUUAAGAUUCUAAAAUCAUAAUAUUUCAAUAGAGCAUUAGAUCAUUCUACAAAUUUGUUCGAGACUGAAAAUAAUAAACUAAAUGUUAAAUUUGCAUAGAAUGAAAGAGCUAUUAAUUACAUAGCAAUAAUUGAGAUGAAUGUAAAUUAUGUAGCACUAUUUGAUACUAAGUAGUUGAAUUAAUUCUAUUUAAAGAUGACCAUUUUACUAUUAGGCAAAUUAAAGAGUCAUAAAUACUUUGAUAAUGCUAUAGUAAGGGUUUCUAAAUCAAAAACUUAACUUAUUUGUGUAUUAGAUGUUUUUCUGCUUUGAAUGGAAGCUUUUCAGAAUUAUAAAAUAAAUUAAAUAACCUUAUUCUAUUGGUAAUUGUUAGUAUUGAUAAUUCUCUAGACAUCCAAUUAGAAUAUAUAUAGUAGAAAAUUAAAUAGGUAAUUUAUCAUGAUCCUUAAUAAAAGUGGAUUAAGUAAGCAUUUGCUAUAAUAAAUUGUGUUAAAUUUUAAAUGUUUGAUAUUAACUUAAUAUAAUUUAUUUUAAUAAUGUAAGAUUAGCGUGAUUAGUUAAUUCUUGAUAUUAAGAUUGCCAAUUAUAGGAAACAAAAAUAAUAAAAGAUAGAAUAGGAAUAAUAAUUUAAAGAAUAAUUACCAAAAAUUAAAUAACAUAAGGCCUAAAUAUUUUAAGAUGAUAUGCAUCAUUUUGCUAAAUUAUUAUUUACUGGUUUUCCAAUAGCUAUGGGAUCAGUCAUAAUUUUCAGAUCAUUAAUUAUAUUUCCAUUUGCUAUUUGGACCACAAAUUAUAUGUAAAAUAACAUGCAUAAAUUAUAUGAAUAUUUAGAGAAUAAUUAAUGA